AUGGGGAGAUUAGGGCAGGCUGUGCACGUUGGUCCGUGCGCAGCUGGUCUGUGCGCAGCAUGCCGACGCGGCCCCAGGGGCCACAGCCGUGCCCAAAUCGGACACCCCGAUCGAUUGAGGAGGAUUACCCUCGCUACAAGGCAAUCAGACGGGCUCAACACCCCCUUGGUCCCCGCAGCACCCUCGUGUCUUGAUCCGCCUUGCGGCAUUCUCGCCCUGUCUCCCCCAGCUCCCGCCUUUCUCAAACUGUCGCCAGUCCAAGUCAAGUACGAGGAGAUCUUCCUCCAGACCCUGUGCCAGAGCCUGAGCCUGAGGAGAGUGCAGGUGAAGAAGGAGUCUCGGAGUCCGAGUCCACAGAUUCUGCUCGGUCCGCCUCACCGACAGCACUUGCCCCCAUGUCAGCAGUCCCUGACUCUGACCAGUGGAGGGCCACCACAGCCGCCUCCGCCCCCGCAGCGUCCUCUGUCCCCCCCAACGCCGAUAAUGUCGUCCCCUGCAGCCGCCCCCGACAAGGAGACUUUGAAACUUCUCCUCCCACUCCGAUACGAUGGCAAAACAGUCAUCGAAUGCAACCGGUUCCUGUCGCAGCUGCGCAUCUACUGGCUGGUCAACACAUUGUUGACCACCAUCGAGCUUAAGGUGCAGGUCGCUCUCAGCCUGCUCAAUGGAGAUGCCCGCGCCUGGGCCACUCCCUACUUUGCCCAGCUCGCAUCGGUGCAGGUGGGUGUGCAAGGGGCCACGACCCCAUUCGCAAACGAAGCGGCCUUUGCCACCGCCUUCAGGGCCCGCUUCGGAAAUCUCGAUGACGAGGCAGCGGCACAAGUAGAGCUGGCGAAGCUCUGCGCGGACAAAUCAGCGGAUCGCUUUGGGUAUGGGGACCUGGAGCUACGCGACAAGUACCUGAGCGGCAUCCCCUCCCGCGUGUAUUGCAAGAUCGAGCUCGAGACCUUCACCACGUGGAAAGACGCUGAAAAGCGAACCACUGAGGUCGAGCAGAUUCUCGACAUCAGCCGGGCCCGUUGGCCUGAGCUAAACAACUUCUUCUUGGCCCGAGGUUGA